UAUUUUGACGUCUAACCGUUUGAGAUCAUUUAUUAUCGAGGUUCUAAGGAUUCAUGCAAGUUAGAUUUGUUGUUUUAUUCUGGGUUCUGUCCUCUUGAAUGCGCUUGGACUAAGACGUUAUAUCCUCUGCAACCCUCAGACGCUCCGGGAGGAUUAAGUGUUUCAGUGGUUUCCUCCUUCCCUCUUUUCCACGUUCCGUCCUCUACUGAACUUCACGCUUCAACCAUAGAAGUCUGGAAGCGUACAGACGGAAGACACUUCCUCUGCUUUCUCCUGGAAGGAUGCUCCUCCUGCUCGUAUGAUCUUCUGGUCGGCGGGCUGUGGAGACACCUCCUUAGGCACCCUGCUCCUCUUCCUUCUCUUCAGAAAAGCAGGUUGAAGAAUAUGAGCAAAGAUUCCAGAAUGAGAGCAACAAUUAAUCAGAAGCUAACAGAAAUGGGAGAGCGGGAGAGACUGAAGGAGCUGCUGAGAGCUAAGCUGACUGAGUGCGGCUGGAAAGACCAGAUGAGAGCCCAUUGCAAAGAUGUGAUUAAGGAGAAGGGACUGGAGCAUGUCACUGUGGAGGAUCUGGUGGUAGAGAUCACCCCUAAAGGAAGAGCUCUGGUGCCUGACAGUGUAAAGAAGGAGCUGCUUCAGCGAAUCAGAGCCUUCCUAGCCCAGCACGCCACAUGCUGAGUGGACGUUUCUGAACGUUCUGUCAUGUUUACUUGGAGCCGGAGAGCUUAGUGUCCCUGUAUCAUAAUGAGGUCCUGUGUUGCUAUAUUUCAUCAUGAUGAUUUUUUGUAAAUUGAUUGUUUGAUUCGUGUUCAUUAAAGACCUUGUUUGUUUUA